AUGAGUGCACCGAUGAAUAUGCUUCCCAAAUGCGAUGCCAACUACGUAGCUCUCACCCCUACAACUUUCUUGAAGAGAGCUGCUGCGUUUUACUCCAACCGUACUUCUCUCAUCUACGAAGGAACACGCUUCACAUGGCGCCAAACCUAUGACCGUUGCUGCCGUCUCGCUUCUUCCCUUGUUUCUCUUAACAUUGCCAAACACGACGUGGUUUCGGUGUUGGCUCCCAAUAUUCCUGCAAUGUAUGAGAUGCAUUUCGCCGUGCCGAUGGCUGGUGCGGUACUCAACACCAUCAACUCUCGACUUGAUGCCAGAAACAUCGCUUCCAUUCUGAAACACUCCGGCGCCAAGGUUUUCUUCGUCGACUAUGAGUUUGUCCGUCAAGCGCGUGAAGCUCUCACGAUCCUCAUGAUGGGCUCUCAGCCAUCCAUGAUGCCAUUGGUCAUCGUGAUCGACGACAUUGACUCUCCCACAGGAGUUCGGUUAGGAGAACUCGAGUACGAGCAGCUCAUCCACAAGGGCAAUCCCCGGUUCGUCCCCAUUGACGUCGCCGACGAGUGGGACCCUAUUGCCUUGAACUAUACUUCUGGCACAACCUCUGAACCAAAAGGUGUUGUGUACAGCCAUAGAGGUGCUUACUUGAGCACUCUGAGCCUAAUUCUGGGUUGGGAAAUGGGGAGCCAACCUGUUUAUCUUUGGACGCUCCCUAUGUUUCACUGCAACGGCUGGACCUUCACUUGGGGCGUUGCAGCACGUGGUGGUACCAACGUCUGCCUCCGCAACACCACCGCGUACGACAUCUACCGCAACAUAAGAAGACACAACGUCACUCACAUGUGUUGUGCUCCCAUCAUUUUCAACAUACUCCUAGAAGCCAAGCCCCAUGAGCGCUGCCACAUCACAAACCCUAUUCAGAUCCUCACCGGCGGGGCACCACCACCGGCUCCUCUGCUCGAGAAGAUAGAGCCGCUCGGGUUCAAAGUCACUCACGCUUACGGCCUGACUGAAGCAACCGGACCGGCUCUGGUUUGCGAGUGGCAGGCCAAGUGGAACAAGCUACCAAGGGAGGAGCAAUCCAAGCUUAAAGCGAGGCAAGGAAUAAGCAUACUGACUCUGGCCGACGUGGACGUGAAGGACUUGGAGACAAUGACUAGUGUACCCCACGACGGCAAGACCAUGGGAGAGAUAGUGUUACGUGGAAGUAGCAUCAUGAAAGGAUACUUCAAGGACAAGGAGGCCACCAACAAGGCUUUCAAGAACGGCUGGUUCUUGACCGGAGACGUCGGUGUUAUACACCCCGAUGGUUACCUAGAAAUCAAGGAUAGAUCGAAAGACGUGAUCAUCUCCGGUGGGGAGAACAUCAGCAGUGUAGAACUUGAAAACGUGCUCUACAGACAUCCACAAGUUCUGGAAGCGGCAGUGGUGGCAAUGCCCCACCCUCGCUGGGGUGAGAGCCCUUGUGCUUUCGUGGCCCUCAGAAGCAACAACACCAUCGUGACUGAGGCAGACAUCAUUGCCUACUGUCGGAAGAAUCUACCGCACUUUAUGGUGCCGAAAAAGGUUGAGUUUGUGGUUGAGCUGCCCAAGACUUCGACCGGGAAGAUUCAAAAAUUCGAAUUGAGGGCUAAGGCAAAGGCAUUCAACGUCGUUGUUUCAUCGGAUAAUCAACAGGUCAUUGAUCCUCUUUGCAACGAGCAGAUGCUUGCUUUGUCCCGUCUGUGAAUUUUUUUUAAUCAUCAUAUAAGCUCGUUUCAUAUAUAUUUAUCUGUCAA